UUUUGGGUAAACUCCACCACCAUUAUCAUAUGGAAGCCCAGUUCAUCAGAACAAUCAGAUGGAUUCGUGAUUGGUGAUACAUGCACUCUUCGUUGGAACAAAGAAUUUCAAAUUUGUUACAGAAAUGCACCUUCACACAGCUGAAGCAGAUCCAUGCCCUCAUCACCACCACCUCUCUCAACAGAGACAUCCGGAUCUCAACGAAAACCCUCCGACGAAGCACCGAAUUCGGUGGCAUGGAUUACUCCGAGCUACUUUUCUCCCAAAUGGAUGAGAUAUUCCCUGCAGACCUCCUUCUUUGGAAUGCCAUGAUUAGAGGCUACGCUUUUAAUGGCCCCUACGAUAAAUGCAUCUCCAUGCAUCAUCAAAUGAUCCAACGAGGACUUAAACCUAACAACUACACGUACCCUUACCUCUUAAACUCGUGUGCACAGAUCGGAAUCGGGUGCCAUCUCCAAGGAAUGAAGAUGCAUUGCCAGAUUAUAAAGGUGGGAUUCGAGCGGGCUCCUGCGGUUUCCAAUUCGCUUCUGAAUUUUUAUAUGUACAUGGAAAGUUCCUGUGAUUAUUUCGUACUGGGUGUGAGGAAAAAUGAAAAACCAAGUGAUGCCCAGAAGGUCUUUGAUGAUAUGCUUCUCAAACCCGUCCAAAUAUGGAACCGUAUGAUAUGGGGGUGUAUAAAUAUUGGUGACGUUGAGUCUGCAAGAAAAUUGUUUGAUAACAUGCCUGAAAGAGACAUAGUUUCGUGGAACUCGAUGAUUUCGGGUUAUGCCAAAAUUGGAAAUGUAGAGAAGGCAAAUGAAUUGUUCAUGCAGAUGUCGGAGAAGAAUGUUGUGACUUGGACUUCAAUGGUGGGAGCAUUUUCCAAUUCGGGAGACCUCCAAACAGCAAAAAGACUUUUCCUCGAAAUGCCUUACAGAAAUGUGAUUUCUUGGAAUUCCAUGAUUUCAAGUUACACUAGGCAUGGAAAAUUCCAAGAAGCACUGGAACUCUUUGUCGAGAUGCAUUUGCAAGGGGUAAAUCCUGAUGGAUUUACUUUUGUUUCUGCUCUGUCAGCUUGCUCCAACUUAGGAGCUCUGGAGUUCGGAAAGUGGAUACAUUUUUAUCUUAUAAGAGAUUGGUGUCAGUUGGGAGUGAUAGUGGGAACAGCUCUAAUAGAAAUGUAUGCCAAAUGUGGAGACGUGGACAGAGCCUUCAAGAUUUUUAUCAAGCUUGGUGAGAAAGACGUGUUCUGUUGGAAUGUAAUGAUGAAAUCAUUAGCCAUCCACGGAAGAACAAGAGACGCCAUUAAAAUCUUCUUUAUGAUGCAAGGGAGAGGGUUGAAGCCAAAUGAGUUCACAUUUACUAGUGCUUUGUUUGCCUGUAAUCAUGGGGGUUUGAUAGAGGAAGGUCGCCAGAUAUUUUCUAGUAUGAAAGAUUUGGGGAUCAGUCCAAAGCUCGAACAUUAUGGGUGUUUGGUUGAUUUGCUUGGCCGAAAUGGUCAGGUUGAAGAAGCUAAAUUGCUAGUAGAGGGCAUGCCUUUUGAGCCUGAUAUUGCUGUUUGGGGUGCUCUGCUGGGAGGUUGCAGAGUCAAAGGUGAUCUCAGGCUGGCGGAAGAGGUGAUGGAGAGGAUUGACGAGUUAAAAACUAAUGAAUCAGGGGUCUACGUGCUAUUGUCAAACAUAUAUGCCUCUGCGGGUCAGUGGCCAAAGGCUGUAAAUGCCAGAGAGAAAAUGGAAGACAAGAAAAUUUGGAAGAGAACUGGAUGCAGUAGUGUUCUUGGGGUUGUUAAUAUUUAACUCUUGAUCAUUUUCCAUGGAAGUUCUCUUUGAGGACAGGAAUAUUCGAAAUGAUUCAUUGAUCUUUUUCUUUUUCAUUUUUUUUUUGAUAAAUCAAAUGAUCCAUUGAUCUGCUGUGUC